AUGGAAGAAAGAGAAUUUAGUCAAGAAAUCAUAGACAAAUUUCCUUCUGAAGAGAUUGAUAGGAUUACCGCUCUCAUGAAGGAACAACUUGAGAUCAGAGAUAGGAAAUAUCACUUUAAAAAGUAUAGCAGCUGUUUCCUUGGAAGAGAUAUGGUAAAUUGGCUGCUAGAAAAUGGCUAUGCAGCCAACGUAGAAGAGGCUUUAGAUGUUGGAAAUUACCUUAUGAGCAAGGAUGUCUUUCACCAUGUGUGAAGAGAUCAUCCUCUUAAAAAUCAAAAGCUCUAUUACAUCUUUGAAAGUGAUGAAAAGGAUAGAGGACAUCUCCCAGAGAGUGAAAAGCCAGCAUCUUGGCAGGACGUUCUUCAAGAACAAGAUGGUAAACUUUUAUCAGGUGAAGAGGUCAAUGAUGUCCUCGCUUCUCUAAGUGAUUGGCCUGACAAGAACCCUGAAAUGAGUGAACUCCUUGUAGAUAAUCAUAACAGAGAGCUCCUGGACAAUUGACGUCCUCUAAAUUGGCAGGAUCCUGAGGCCACUCAAAAGUACGACUUGAUCGCUAUUGGAGGAGGAGCUGGAGGCUUAGUCUCCUCGAUUGGAGCUGCUAUCUCUGGAGGUAGAGCUGCUCUCAUUGAAAGGAACAUCAUGGGAGGAGACUGUCUCAACACAGGCUGUGUUCCUUCUAAAGCAUUCAUUAAAGCAGCAAAGGUUGCCCAAACUGUUAGGAACUCAGAAAAGUACGGAAUCAUGUUUGAAGGAGAAUUGAAAGUUGACUUUGGAAAAGUUAUGGAAAGAAUGAGAAAAGUCAGAGCAGAAAUCUCAGAACAUGACAGUGUCUACAAGUUCAUCAAGAAAUAUGGAAUAGAUAUGUAUCUUGGCGAUGCUAAAUUUAUCAAUAAGAACGAGAUCGAAGUUAAUGGGCAGACACUGCAAAUUGCUAAGUGCAGUAUUGCUACUGGAGGCCACCCAUAUGUCCCUGAGAUUGCAGGUCUUUCAGAUUUUCCUUAUCUAACGAGUGAGAAUGUAUUCAAUAUCACAGAGCAACCAAGACACUUGGUUAUCAUUGGUGUAGGACCUAUUGGUUGUGAACUUGGACAAUCAUUUGCUAGAUUUGGAACCAAAGUCACGAUGAUCUCUAGAGGAAAUCAAUUUUUGCCUAAAGAGGAUCCAGAUGCAGCUUCAUAUCUUCACCAAAGUUUAAAAGAUGAUGGUGUCACAAUACUUUUCAAUGCUGAACCUACCAAAGUAGAUGUCUUAAAUUCUACAGGCAAGGUCUGGACUCCUGAAGCAAGAUUCGAAAUGGAAGUACUUGUGAACGGUAUCCCAGAAACAAUUCAAGGAGAUUCUAUCCUCAUCGCUGCUGGAAGAAGACCGAACGUUCAUGGAUUAGGCUUAGAAGAAGCUGGAGUAGAUUAUGAUGAGAUUAAAGGAAUUCAUGUCAAUGACUAUUGCAAAACAACCAAUAAGAAUGUGUACGCAGUGGGAGAUGUCUGUAGUCCUUACCAAUUCACUCAUAACUCAGAUCAUAUGGCUAGGAAUGUAGUGAGAAAUGCUCUGUUUUUUGGUAAAGAGAAAACUUCCAAUCUGAUAAUGUCUUGGUGUACUUACACAGAUCCAGAAAUAGCCCAUGUAGGAAAAUAUCCACAUGAAAUGGAAGAGAAAGGCAUCAAAUACGAUACAUACAAAUAUGAUAUAGCACACAAUGAUAGAGCUAUCUGAGAUGGAGAAAUAGGUAUAAUUAAGAUCCAUUGUAAGAAAGAUACAGACACAAUCUUGGGAGCCACUAUUGUUGGAGGACCUGCUGGAGAUAUGAUCUGUCAAGUAUCUCAAGCAAUGUUUAAUAAGGUCGGUCUUUCCACUAUGGGGACUGUUGUUCACCCAUAUCCAACCUAUGCUGAAGCUUUUAAAGCUCUGACUGGACAAUACAAUCUUAAGAAGCUUACACCAAAGUCUAAAACAGCCUUAAGGACCAUUCUUAAUGUCAAAAGAUAA